GUGCAAUGGAGUCGACUCCAAGCAAUAGAGAUAGGAAAUUAUACUCUCAUAGAACAAGUUGUUGAGUUGUUUGAUUGCGAAGUAAAGAAUCAAACAUAUUUAUUACAACUAACAGAACUAACAACAUUAAUCAAUCUUUCGACACACAUUGCAAUUGCAAUAAUCCCCAUUGUAAUUUUAAUCUUAGAAAAAAAAUUAAAAUCUUAAAAUUCUGCUACUAUGAUCUUCAUUGCCAUUUGCCCAUCAAUUUUACCUCUUUUUUCUUAAAGUUUCAAUCUUUUUACCCUAAUUUCAAAUUCUCAUGGACCCCAUCUCGCGCCCAGCUAUUGUCAUUGACAACGGAACCGGGUAUACGAAAAUGGGGUUUGCGGGUAAUGUCGAGCCGUGUUUUGUACAGCCUACUGUUGUAGCUGUUAAUGAUUCUUUUGUUAAUCAGCCAAGAAGUGCGGUGAAGAAUAAUAAUUGGUUGGCGCAACAUAGUGCAGGGGUGAUGGCUGAUCUUGAUUUUUUUAUUGGCGAUGAGGGAAUUUCGAGAUCAAGAUCUAGUAAUGCUUAUAAUCUUAGUUAUCCUAUUAAGUAUGGUCAGGUUGAGAAUUGGGAUGCGAUGGAACGGUAUUGGCAACAAUGUAUAUUUAAUUAUUUGCGGUGUGAUCCUGAGGAUCAUUAUUUUCUUUUGACCGAGAGUCCGCUUACUGCACCAGAGAGUCGGGAGUAUACAGGGGAAAUUAUGUUCGAGACGUUUAAUGUUCCAGGUCUUUACAUUGCGGUGCAGCCUGUGCUGGCUCUAGCAGCAGGAUAUACUACAUCCAAGUGUGAGAUGACAGGAGUGGUAGUAGAUGUUGGUGAGGGGGCUACCCAUGUUGUACCUGUUGCAGAUGGGUAUGUUAUUGGUAGCAGCAUUAGGUCAAUUCCUCUUUCAGGGAAAGAUGUAACUUUAUUUAUCCAGCAACUCAUGCGGGAAAGAGGGGAACACAUUCCUCCUGAAGAUUCUCUUGAUGUAGCUCGAAAAGUCAAGGAAUCUUAUUGCUACACUUGCUCUGAUAUUGUCAAGGAAUACAAGAAGCAUGAUAAGGAACCAGCAAAGUAUAUCAAGCAAUGGAGAGGUAUCAAACCUAAGACUGGAGCACCAUAUACUUGUGAUGUUGGAUAUGAACGAUUUCUUGGUCCUGAGAUAUUUUUCAGCCCAGAGAUAUACAGUGGUGAGCUCACUAGCUCCCUACCAGAAGUGAUUGAUAAGUGUAUUCAGUCUACACCAAUUGAUACAAGAAGGGCCUUGUAUAAGAAUAUAGUAUUGUCUGGAGGAUCAACCAUGUUUAAAGAUUUUCACCGAAGAUUGCAAAGGGAUGUAAAAAAGUUAGUGGAUGCUCGAGUUCUUGCAUCUGAUGCUCUGGGAAUUGGAGGAAUCAAAGCAAAACCAGUGGAAGUCAAUGUGGUUAGUCAUCCUAUUCAAAGAUGUGCAGUCUGGUUUGGAGGCUCUGUACUUGCUUCAACACCUGAAUUUUUUCAGGCUUGUCAUACAAAAGCAGAGUACGAGGAACAUGGGGCAAGCAUAUGUCGAACUAAUCCUGUAUUCAAGGGAAUGUAUCUCUACCGAUAGAAAGACUCAUUUAAGCUGAUAGUUCUGAAAGCAUCUGUAGUUUGUGUUGUUACACAUCAAAUGGCUAAUUGUUUCAAGCAACUACCGGAGAAAGAUAGCUCUAUUUGGCUAUCAAGUAAAUAUACAGGAUAGCCCUCAGGAGGUGGUAUACAUUUUUUGUUCUGACUCGUUUAAUUCUUUUCUUGCAUUCUUUUGGUAGCAAGCAGAUGCCGUUGGAGCCGGCCAUGAUAUACAAUGCCUUUGCUGUAGGCAGAUCCUACUUGCGACUUCAGCUAAGAAAUGAGUGGCAGUUAGUUUUCUGCAUAGUUUAAUCUUUUAUAUUCUUUUCAUUGUGAUUAUUUAAUCAUAGUUUCAGCUUAGUUUUAUCAUCAUAGUGUCAGCUUAGUUUUUAUUUCAUAGUGAUUCAACUGUUGAUACAGCAUUGUAGUGGCAAUUGGAUUUUCUGGAUACUUGAAACUUGAUAAAGGAAAUUUCUUUUGCUCUUGCUUGUAAA